CUCACAAAGUUGAACUAAAGAUCACAUGAUGGGAAUUCCUCAAUGUAGAAUCCGUCAUUAUCUCUUUCCUCUAUUCUAUCUUUCGUUCAUUUGUUUAUCUUCUUCUUCUCAUUCUCUUCAAGCUGACAGCUUUGUGGAAUGCUUUAAUUCCACAUCUUAUUAUUAUUCACCUCAGUCAAUACCAAUUUCUAAAGUUGUUUUCACCAACAAAAGUGCUAUAUUCUCCUCUCUUCUCCAAUCCUCCAUUAAAAAUCUUAGGUUUUUCAAUACUUCUUUACCAAAACCACUCUUCUUGGUGACACCAUUUCAUCAAUCCCAUGUUCAAGCAGCCAUUGUUUGUGCCAAUAAGAAGGGUUUUCAAAUCCGAUUACGAAGUGGUGGACAUGACUACGAAGGUAUUUCUUAUGUAUCAUCUGAUCAAUCUCAAUUCAUUCUCCUUGAUCUUUCCAACUAUCGCUCUAUUGAUAUCGACAUGAAGACUGAGACUGCGACCGUGGAGGCCGGGGCCACACUCGGUGAAUUGUACUAUAGAAUUGCUGAGAAAAGCCCCACCCAUGGCUUCCCAGCAGGAACCUGCCCCACAGUGGGAAUGGGAGGACAUGUAAGUGGAGGAGGCUUUGGAACCCUUUUUAGAAAAUAUGGUCUUGCAGCUGAUAAUGUUAUUGAUGCUAAAAUUGUUGACUUUAAUGGAAGAAUUAUGGACAGAAACUCCAUGGGUGAAGACCUUUUUUGGGCCAUUAGAGGAGGUGGUGGAGCAAGUUUUGGAGUUAUUUUAUCAUGGAAACUCAAAUUAGUUUAUGUUCCUUCAAAUGUCACAGUUUUUCUUGUUCAGAAAACUCUAGAGCAAGGUGCAAUUCAUCUUUUUCAAAAGUGGCAAACAAUUGCUCAUAAACUUCAUGAAGAUCUCUUCCUUCAUGUUACCAUAGGAGUUAUAGAUGAACAAAACAAAACUCCAAAUAUGUCAUCGAAAACAAUCUUAAUUUCAUUUGUGUCACUGUUUCUUGGUCCAGUUGAGAGGCUAAUUCCUCUAAUGAAUUCCCAUUUUCCUGAAUUGGGAUUGGAAAGAAACAAUUGCACUGAAAUGAGUUGGAUUCAAUCAGUUCUCUACUUUGCUGGCAUCUCCAUAGAAGCCCCACCAGAAAUUUUGCUAAAAAGACCUCCAAUUUCUAACGUAUUAUUCUUCAAAGCAAAAUCAGACUUUGUGAUUUCACCAAUUCCUCAGAUUGGGCUUGAAGGACUUUGGACUAAGAUGCUUGAGGAACCAGCAUCUUUCUUGAUUUUGUCACCAUAUGGAGGAAAGAUGAGGCAAAUUUCUGAUUUGGAAACUCCAUUUCCACAUAGAAAAGGGAAUACUUUUGGGAUUCAAUAUUUGGUAACAUGGGAAAAUGCUAAUGAAACCUAUAGGCAUUUAAGUUGGAUAAGAGAGGUUUAUGAUUAUAUGGAACCCUAUGUUUCUAAGUAUCCUAGAGCUGCUUAUUUGAACUAUAGAGAUCUUGAUUUGGGAAGAAAUUGUGGAAGAAAUACAAGCUAUGAAGAGGCAAAAGUUUGGGGUCUGAAAUAUUUCAAAAAUAAUUUUGAUAGAUUAGUAAGAGUGAAGACCAAAGUUGAUCCUUUAAAUUUCUUUUGGAAUGAACAAAGCAUUCCUACAUCUAUUUAUCAUUCCUAAAGUCUCCCUUUAUUGUAUAAACUUCAAUAUCCGUUGCCCUUUGUUUUCUUUAACAAGAAUGAAAUGAAUGCCAAAUGAAAAUGAAAAUUAAUAUUAA